AUGGCGCGCGCGCGCGUGGGAACCGGAACGAUAACGCGCGCGUCGCGACCGGUGCGCGCGCGGUGCGCGCGCGGGCGAACGACGACGCGACGGCGAAAGGUGGACGCCGCCGCCGGAAAGCCGCGCAUCGCGACCGUCGCGCGCGGACGACGCGGGCGCGGCGUCGAGGACGGUGGUGGGACGCCGUCGCGCGCGAUGUUCGUCGAGAUGGAUCUGGAUUUGGUCGGACUCGAGGGUGAGCGAUGGAAGCUGGACGCGGUGGCGGAGGCGAUUCGACGCGGCGCGGUGGGCGCGAUACCGACCGAUACGAAGUACGCCUUCGUGGCGGAUAUGUCGAACGCGAGCGCGGUACAAAAGUUGUACGAUAUCAAGGGGUGUGGAUAUAAUAAACCGUUGAGCAUUCUGUGCAGGGGGUUCGCGGAUAUCGACGCGUACACGACGGGGUUCCCGAAAAACGUGAAACCGGGGGAGACGCUGCCGUUCAAAUUGGCGAAGAAGUGCCUGCCGGGACCGUACACGUUCAUCUUACCGGCGUCGAAGGAGUUGCCAAAGGUGUGCCUCGGCGAUAACUCGACCAAGGAGAAGGCGAAGCAGUGCAAAUCGAGAAAGACUGUCGGCGUGCGGAUUCCGGACUGCGACGUCACGCGCGCCUUGCUCGAUCUCUUGGACGCCCCUCUGAUGUGUUCGACCGUCCCGGAGUGCGACGACGAACCGGCAGUGAUCUACGACGAGUAUCUCUCGCGCGGUUUGGGGUUCAUGAUUGACACCGGUGAGCGCCGCGCGUCCGCGGCGAGCACCGUCGUCGACUUGUCGUCGGGCGAGCCGCGCAUCUUACGCCGCGGCGCGGGCGAUCCGAACGUCUGGAGCUCCAUCGACGAGGAAGAACUCGUCGAGAGCGACGACGACGCCGCGUGGGGAUUCGCGUGA